UAAAAUGACGAGGUUUGGAUGCUUUUCCAUUCAAUUACGACGCUACAAACAUACCUUUCUCAUUGGAAAUUUAAAAGUGAAAUUUUUUUUUCUAUCAAACAAAAUGAAAAGUUACAUUGCCAUUUUGGUCAUCGUUGCUACAAUGAUGAUGAUGAUUGCUGAUGCUGCACCGGCUGCAGAAGAUUUGCAAGUCGAAAUACCGGAAGCAAGUUUACGAAAAUAUCAUCCAUUGUUGAAAAAAUUUGGUGAAAAAGCUAAAUUCUUUUUACGUUGUAUGGGUAAAGAAUUUAUUGAGCAUUGUGUCGAUCCAGUAGUGAAUUGUAUCGCAACACGUAAUGUUAUCGGUUGCAUUGAAAUACUUGUCUGUGCAUGUAAAGAAGGCAAAGAAUGUGUUCAUCUUUUACGUGAAAAAUUCAAUGUUAAUUCAACCACAUUGGCAAGCGUUUAUUGAAGAUGUAUUUCAAUUUUAACAUAAUUAAAAAAUUAUUGAAUAAAUGACAAUUUUAGUUAUUACAAAA